AAGCAACACUCAUGUUACUGUCGUGAACUUGAAUACCCCAUGAUGACGUGCAGAGAGAGUGAGGGCAGCCAUGUUGGAAUUCCAUGUGCCAAGAAUAAACCAGCAGAGAGAGAGAGAGAGGGGGAGAAAGAGAGGUGCACUGCUCAGAGAAGGUAGAGAAGAUACCUAAAUUUAACUGGAUCCGCUGCAGGAAUUUUUACAUGGAACUUGUAUAUUCACCAGGCCUUUUAUUUAUGAUGCUGUUUCACUUGGCAUGUGAUCUUAGAUCUUAGCUGACAGCUGCUCUGCUGCUUGUGUUGUGGACGGUCAUGUGACUUGGCGAAAGGAGGGUGAGACGAACCAGACGGACAUGGACUAAACUGGCCUUUCUGUCCACAGUGUUUUGAGUAUUGCUUUUUUAUGGAAGAAUCACACAGUAGUAAUGUGCAUAGACAUUUGAAAAUAAAAUCAUCAGGGACAGACUAUGUCAAAUAUUAUUUAUCUAAGUUAACUCACUUUUUUCCCUCAGGAACUUUAUAAAAGUGUACUCCAACUUUUUUCAGUCACAUUUUAGUUUUCUUGUGUUUAAUAUUUAUUUUAUUGAACAUAGUUUAUAAGUUAUCUCAGAGUUAAGCAAUGUGUGUAUUGUUUGUUGUCAUUAAAGUGCUAUAUUGUAUAAAUGUGCAGGGAAAGAAAUCUAUAAGCCCACAUUUGUUCACCUCUAAUCCAACCAGUGUGUCAGUGACAUGAAUCCUUUCAGACAGUAUUUAAUGGUGCUCUUUGAGUGGCUGAGCUCAUGGCUGAAAUAUGGUCUAACACGUCUGUGGAGAGAUGUUUCAAGUGUGAACGCCAAGAGGCGAUCGUCCAGUGCAGAUGCAGAGGAGUGGGAAACUGACGUGGCACUCCGCACAUAUCGCUGCGGAGAUGGAGGGGAAACCAUGGUUACGGUCCAGACCUGUACACACACUUUCCACGUGGACCUUGAAAGACUUUCAGAGUGCAGCGAUUACUUCAGGGCUUUGUCCCAGUCCAAAAUGAGAGAGACCUCCGAGAGUUUCAUCCACCUGGACCAUGUGUCCUCCUCUGUCUUCUACAAUAUCCUUGAGUUCUCCUUCCACAAUAAGUUCAAAGUCCCAAAGGAGGAGUUGGACACACACAUCCAGGUGGGCAGCUAUCUCCUCACAGUGGCCUUCCUCUCAAAGUGUCUGUCCGUACUGGCAGAUGAACUCAGGCCAGAUAACUGUUUGUCUUACCUGAGUCUGGCUCAGGAGAUCUGCUGUGCAGAGCUGAAGAUGACCGUGUUGACUUACCUGAGUAGAAACAUGAUGGAGCUGUCACUCCUCACCAGGCAACUGAAGGACGAGGAAAAGGAUGAGGUCAUCAAACUGAGGACUCAAGGAGAGCGACAUCUCUGCAGCGUCAGGAAGGAGAACCUAACGACUUGGAGUGACCCAGAGACGGAACGUGCACGACAUGUUUUCAUCCUAAAAGAAGGAGAGGGCGGUGAAAGCUGGUGUCCGGUCACAGAGCUUCCUUUCAGAGCGGAUAAGUGGUGUUUCACUGCAGUGGUUCUGUAUAACUACCUGUACAUCAUAGGAGGCUACAGGCAGCGUGUGAGGAGAGGCUGGGAGUUCAAGAUGGCUUCCUUCAGGUACAAUCCCACAACUCAUAUGUGGGUCUCCACAGCUCCUCUGAUCAAGAAGAGAAGACACUUCAGUGCAGUGGCAUGUGACGGCUGUGUUUACGCUGUGGGAGGCUGGUACUUGGACUCUCUGGUGAGUCCAGACUCCUGCACGGCUCUCUACACAGCUGUGGAAUGCUAUGAUCCCUGGCAGGACACAUGGAGAUUUGUCUCCUCACUGCCACUCACUGACUUCCAGUUUAGCGUGUCAUUGUCCCAUGAUGUGCCUCUUCUUACUUGCCUUGGACACUGUGUGUAUGUGUUGGGAAGCAUCCAGAGGACGGGAGAGAAACUGCUGCUACAGUACGACACGAGGCAAGACUCGUGGUCUGAACUGCUGCCCACGCUGACCAGAGCAGACACGGACCUGCCUACUCUUUACUUCCUGUGUGCCACAGACGAGCUGCUUGUGAUCGGUGGAAACGCCUCAGAGAAUGUCGUGACAUCAUUCUGCGUGCAGUCACACAAGUGGGGACAGGUGCAUUGGGCUGAGAAAGUGGCAUUUGCAGGACAGGGGACAGUUGCAGACAACAAAGUCCUGAUUCCAAGUGUCGAGCACAACACAGUCGCUGAGAUCGACCUCCAAACUCUGUCCCUCCGAGCUUUUCCUCCUCUGCCAGUCUCCGUCCGCUACGAAGCGACCUUUCAUCUGCACUUCUGAUCCUCUUCUUCUUAGCUUCUCUGCUACACUGUGCAUAAGUGUGAUUAUUGGGGCUGAAUUACUACGACUACUGAACAUGUGGUGAUUUCUUUUGUUGCUGAUGUUAUUAUA